UUACAUCACAUUAUUUCAGACCUUUUAGUCAGAACUCAAUCUGAAGAACAGUUGCUUUUACUGAAACAGCUCUCGUCGGACAUCCCAACCGAUACCAACACUAAUAACUCGAGCAUAGGAUUGAAUGAUGAAAAUUUGAGUUUAAGUCAAACAGAACUACUGGACAGCAGUGCAGCCAAACAAAAGGCAGGUCUGGCCAGUAAGGGGAGUCUCGCCAAUCGACAGCCGCCUUCUAUGCGUAGACACUCGAGCACUGGCUCUGUGAAGGUGUCGAGUGAUUGUGAUUCGCCGCGAAGACAAAUCUCUUACACUAAAUGCGAGACUGAGAUUGUGGUGAAGAGCGACCCAACCAGUCCUAUUCGAGAAACGCCAACCCAUUCGGCCUCUAAUCAGCUAUAUUUGCCAAUCGCUGACAAAAUUGAUACUCAAAACAACCGGCGAGUGUCGAACACCUCUUCCAGUCCCUCGAGUUUCACGAGUUCGUCGCCAAAUCACUCGCAUCCCUAUCCCACGCAGCGUUUGUCGGCUCCGGUGUCGCCCAAUUCGGUGCACUCCUCCUCAUCGUCGACAUCACUCAACAGUCCCAUCCAUGCAGUCGACGACUACGAGAACAGCCCUAAAAACUAUCGACGCAAUCCUCACCCUAUUUACGAGUGGAAUGUCGAUGAGGUGUCCCAAUGGUUGGUCGCUCUUAAUCUCAAUUCUUAUGUCAAUAAAUUCCAAGAAAACAAGAUUUCGGGACCUUUUCUCUUACACUUAGACAGCACUCAACUGAAGAGUUUGGGCGUCUCUAACAGCACUGAUCGCUCAUUGCUUAAGAAGAAGAUCAAGGAAUUCAAAGCGGAGGUGGAAAGGGAGCGAAAAGCAUUAGAAAAGGAACAGAAAGUGAGGGAAAGGCUUAUGAAAAAAGAGGACAAAUUUCGGAAGAAGUAGUAAACCGAUGACAGCUUCAUAUGAAAGCGGAUCUAAUUUAAAGUGUGUUUGUGAUGAG